AUGAAAAUGAAAGUGAUAAAGCAGUCUGAAGGGGGGAAGAAAGUGAGUGUAAUAGCCCGCGAUCUUCACCUACCGCAUUCUACUGUGUCAACAAUUUUAAAAGAUAAGGAACGUAUUCGUGAAGCAGUAAAGGGCUCAGCACCUAUGAGAUCAACUGUGAUAACGAAACAACAAAGUGGACCCAUACACGAAAUGGAAAAACUAUUAAAUGUGUGGAUUGAAAGCCAACUCCAAAAACGUGUCCCAUUAAGCCUUCACAUACUGCAAACGAAAGCUUUAAGUAUUUUUAAGACGUUGAAGGAGCGUGCUGGAGCAGAUUAUACUCAAGAAUUUUCAGCAAGUACAGGAUGGUUCAAACGAUUUAAGAAAAAUUUCAAUUGCAUAAUGUCCGAAUCACUGGGGAAGCAGCAAGUGCAGAUGAGGAAGGUGCGAAAAAGUUCAUUGAAAGUUCGUGAAUAUUGUUUCGAAAACACUAUUCCAUUCAAGGUGUUAUUACUUUUGGACAACGCACCCAGCCAUCCACCUCAUCUAGCCGAUCUCCAUCCCAACAUGAAAGUGACAUUUUUACCACCCAAUACAACUCCCCUCAUCCAACCUAUGGACCAAGGAGCUAUUGCUGCCUUUAAGGCAAAUUAUCUAAAAACCACCUUUUCCCAAGCUAUAUCUGCUACAGAUGAUGAUCCUGACUUAUCUUUACGUGAUUUUUGGAAAAAAUACGAUAUUCUUAAAUGCAUCAAGAAUAUCUCUGCAGCAUGA